GCCCAACGAAGAACGCAGAAGAAGAAGUCACUUCCGGCUGAGUGAGUACAGUGAUGACGAGCAAGCCGAACUCGCGGCUGUGACGAAGCCACAAACAAAGUCGCCGAGUGGAGAAGUUCCGAGUAGGGCUUCUCGGCGUUAUCUUGUCUUUUGUGUACAGGAAGCGUUGGUGCCCUCUUCCUGUCAGCUGAACCGCUCAGUCGAGCGUCCCCCCCGCCACCCAUACAGGCGGAAGCGUGUAGAGCGGAGGCUGCGUGCGCGCAGCGACACACGUCAUCAUGGUGCUCGCCGAUCUGGGCCGCAAGAUCACCUCGGCGCUGAGGUCGCUCAGCACCGCCACCAUCAUCAAUGAGGAGGUUCUCAACUCCAUGUUGAAGGAGGUGUGCGCCGCCCUGCUGGAGGCCGACGUCAACAUCAAGCUGGUCAAGCAGCUGCGAGAGAAUGUCAAGGCGGCCAUCGACCUGGAGGAGAUGGCGUCGGGUCUGAACAAGAGGAGGAUGAUCCAGCACGCCGUCUUCAAGGAGCUGGUCAAGUUGGUGGACCCCGGCGUGAAGGCGUGGACGCCCUCCAAAGGGAAGAACAACGUCAUCAUGUUUGUCGGCCUGCAGGGCAGCGGCAAGACCACAACGUGCUCCAAGCUGGCGUAUUACUACCAGAGAAAAGGCUGGAAGACGUGCCUCAUAUGUGCCGACACCUUUCGAGCCGGCGCCUUUGAUCAGCUCAAACAGAACGCCACCAAGGCCCGAAUCCCCUUCUACGGCAGUUACACAGAAAUGGAUCCGGUGGUGAUCGCCGCGGAGGGCGUGGAUAAGUUCAAAGGGGAGAACUUUGAGAUCAUCAUCGUGGACACCAGCGGACGCCACAAACAGGAAGACUCGCUCUUCGAGGAGAUGUUGCAAGUCUCCAACGCCGUGCAACCGGACAACAUCGUCUACGUGAUGGACGCGUCCAUCGGUCAGGCCUGCGAGUCUCAGGCCAAAGCCUUCAAAGACAAAGUGGACGUGGCCUCGGUCAUCGUCACCAAACUGGACGGACACGCCAAAGGAGGCGGAGCUCUGAGCGCGGUGGCGGCAACCCGCAGUCCCAUCAUCUUCAUCGGCACGGGCGAGCACAUCGACGACUUUGAGCCCUUCAAGACGCAGCCGUUUGUCAGCAAGCUGCUCGGCAUGGGCGACAUCGAGGGCCUGAUCGACAGGGUCAACGAGCUCAAGCUGGACGACAACGAGGACCUGAUCAACAAGCUCAAACACGGCCAGUUCACGCUCAGAGACAUGUACGAACAGUUCCAGAACAUCAUGAAGAUGGGACCCUUUGGACAGAUCAUGGGCAUGAUUCCAGGCUUCGGAACGGACUUCAUGAGUAAAGGAAACGAGCAGGAAUCCAUGGCCAGGCUGAAGAAACUCAUGACCAUCAUGGACAGCAUGAACGACCAAGAGUUGGACAGCAAGGACGGCGCCAAGCUGUUCAGCAAGCAGGCCAACCGCAUCCAGCGCGUGGCCCGCGGGGCCGGCGUGGCCACGCGCGACGUCCAGGAACUUCUGACGCAGUACACCAAGUUUGCGCAGAUGGUCAAGAAGAUGGGCGGCAUCAAAGGCCUCUUCAAAGGAGGAGACAUGUCCAAGAACGUCAACCCUUCGCAGAUGGCCAAGCUCAAUCAGCAGAUGGCCAAGAUGAUGGACCCGCGAGUGCUUCACCAUAUGGGAGGCAUGCAAGGCCUGCAGUCGAUGAUGCGGCAGUUUCAGCAGGGGGCCGCAGGAAACAUGAAAGGCAUGAUGGGAUUCAACAACAUGUGAGCGCCACAGAUGCCACCGCGGCCUGGAGGGAGGAACUCGCUUUCUUUUCCCCCUCUCUCUCUUUUUUUGGGGCGGGUUGAAUGCCGAUGAAGACGCUGGGUGAAUUCAACCAAACAGCCAACCAACAUUUCUACCGGUCUAUUUUUAAUCCGAUGUGCAAUCGUAGGUGAUGUGAGCUAAAUGAUGUCAUCCCUUGUUGAAAGUUGUGCGGGUGAAAUAUAGAAAGUUCCCAUUCUCAAA